ACAGAAGUACUGAUGUUUUUGUUAUAUCAAGUUGAAAACAUAAAUCAUAUUUUGUAGUAAAUAAACAAACCCAGACGAAAGAAAAUUAAUCUAAAACUUUUGAAAAGUUUAUAAUAAAAUGUUGUGUAUAGUUUGUAGAAAUGAAACCAAUAAAUAUAAGUGUCCUAAAUGCUUUGAAUAUUAUUGUUCUGUGGGUUGUUACAAGUCUCAUACGGAAUCAAAUAACUGCAAAGUGAAAGAAAGUAAAUCAACAGAAGAAAAUGUGGAUAAUCCUAGAAUAAUUUUGCCCUUUACCACUGAAGAUACGGUAGACAUUGCACUUUUAAAAAAAUUAGAAAAGAGUGAUGAGCUUAGAAAACUUCUUGAAAAUCCUCAUUUGCGAAAUUAUUUAUUAGAAGUUGAUAGAGCACCAAGCGCCUGGAAAGCAAUGAAGGUGGCUAUGCAAGAGCCUCUCUUUAUAGAAUUUGCUGAUGCAUGUUUAAAAGUAGUGGAACCAGAAAACAAAUAAUUGGGGAUGUUUUUUAUUUUUAUUACAAAGUAUAGUAUUUUCCGUGGGACGGAAUAAAGAAAGGAAGGAAAGAUAAAAAAGAAAUGCAUUUUUUUCUUUUUAUGGAAUGUAAAAAAAUAUUAUAAAAUUUUUGUAAUUUUGUUUAAAAACGUUCAUAAA